CCGAACUCGAUCUCGGAUUGGUUCCCUGGUCAAGUGCCUGGCGGUAUGAGUUGCAGUACUUGGGCACAGAUUUGCAAGCUUAAAAACACUUUCCUUCUGGUUUGAAAUGGAACGCAGAUUUUCUUCUGGUUUGACGUCUAGUCCAAAGGAAUCUGUAUGGCUGACGAGUACCUCUGGGUGCUGGCUGCUGCGGAGUCUCCGAGUUCCCGAGUCGCAGACUACAUUAGAAACAACGUCUUUCCUUGAUGCAGGUUCGGUGAGAUUAGUUUUGCAUCCAUCGCCCUCAAGCGGCUUCACUGUGUUGUCGGCUUUCAAGGAGUUGGCGGCGGAGACCUUUGCAGGAACUGUUGACCUUCCGUAUAAGUUCGUGUGGCGGAGUUUGAUUCCAAGCAAGAUCUGUAAUUUCCUGUGGAACGUGUUUCACAAAAGGAUUUUGACUCUAGACAACCUGAAGAAGAGAGGAACCAGCUUACCGAACAGAUGCGCGCUCUGCAAACAGGAAGAAGAAAGCAUAAAUCACAUCUUUGUGAGCUGUAUGUUCGCAGAGGAGCUUUGGAAUAUCCUGAAAUCUUUCAUUAAAGUAGUGGAUUCGGUUUGCAGAGCUACUGAUAUUACAGACAGGAUCAAUUCGUGGAAUAAGAAUAAUCCGGCGGAUCCUGCACAAUGGACCUCAAGGGUGUUUCUCCACGCUUUUUGUUGGAACGUAUGGCUCGAAAGAAAUGCGAGAAUCUUCAAUGAGUUGGAAGCUCCCUCUCGAGUUGUGGCUUUCAGAAUAGGGAGUGCUAUUGCUCAAUGCCUGACUGCAGCAAAGAAAGUUGAUAGAGAGAUCUCCGACAACUGGUUGAACGUGCUGAAGCUGAGGUUGUUUCCUCCCAGGAACUGAGCCCUUUCUGUCUUUUGUUUCUUUGGUUCCUGCCUGGCGUUAGUUCCUUCUUUUGCUUUGUUUGGGUUGCUGUCAGUCCUUAUGUUGUUGAUAUUUGUUCUUUUGCUCAUUUUUCUUGAUCCCUUGUGCAGUUUUUUCUCCAGUGUGUUUCUUUUGACAAGGGUCCGUUUGUUUCUUUCUACCUUCACUUUUGGCUACUUUUUGUCUGCUUCUUUCUUUUUUAAUUAAUACCAUAUCAUCCUAAUAAAAAAAAAUUGUGACC